ACUAGGCAACGGGAUGCUGCGGCUAGAAGCGGCAGAGCUGAAUGCUUGGGGCAAGGCAGUUGGUGGAGAGAUCUUAAGCGACAGAAAUGAGCCCCGGCUACCUUCCAGCUCCAAAAGCUGUGCUCGGGUCUGUUCCAGAGAAGCACCUCGCGGAAGAAGAUGAAGUUGACUCCAUUCUCCUUUCAGCAUCCAAGAUCCUGAAUUCCUCUGAGGGGGUAAAGGAAAGCGGGGGCAAUGAACCAGAAUAUGGCUGUGCGUCAGAACCAGAAAAUCAAAUCCAACCACAAUCAGCACUGAAAGUCCUACAACAUCAGCUGGAGUCGUUUCAGGCUCUGCGGAUGCAGACUCUACAGAACGUCAGCAUGGUACAGUCUGAAAUCAGUGAAAUACUGAACAAAAGUAUUGUUGAAGUAGAAACCCCACAAUUUAACUCGGAAAAAAGUCUAGUAUUCAGCAUGCAUCCUGAAAAGGAUUUGCCUAACGAGACACAAGAAGAAAUACCUUCCACCAAGACUCUCCAUUCGAUGGGAGAGACCUUCAGUAGUAACAGUGACACUGGUCUCCCUCAGGGCACAGAUAUUCCACCCCAGAUUCAGGUCAAGGACAUGCUAGCUCUGCAGGGCCUGAGAACUACCGCUGAUAACUCACCUCCCAAGAAAGCUAUGAACACUUCGGAGCAGCCCAGCGCCACAAAGAGUUUCAGCCUCUAUCAGUUUCUACCUCAGGGUCCUCAAACAGCGGUGCCCCAAGCUGCUCCCGUGAUUCUGGAUAAAUCCACCAUCACCACCCCUUUCCCAAAGCAUGGGUUCUGUGCAAACUUAGACGACAUCUGCCACUCGAUCAAGCACAUGAAAGAGGAGCUUCAGAAGUCACACGACAAGGAGCUGGCACUCACAAGUGAACUCCACACUUUCCAGGCAGACGCGAGUACUCAAGGUCACCACAAACAUGAGCCGUUUCCCAUGCAUAGCUCAAAACUUAAUUUUAUCCAGCAAGAAAACAUGGAAGGUAACUUAAGUGAAGACAUGAAAUCGAAGAGAAUUUCCGAAUUAGAGGCCUUAGUGAGCAAACUGCUCCCACUCAGGGACACGGUGUCAAAACUGCAUGUGAACUUUUGUAGGAAAUGUAAAAAGUUAUCUAAAAGUGAAGUAUACCGUGGGAAGAAGAAUGAGAAAAAUAAAGACAUCCCUAUCACCAGCAAGAACAUUAUGGAUUUAAAGUUCCACUCCCGAGCUCCAAGGUACACUCUGUCGGUCCUGGACCUAGGGAAACACAAAAUAAAAGACAAAGAAGGCCAAGCGUUCAUAGUCAGCCAAGGACCCGCAACGCUUGAAAACGAGAAGUUACCCAAAGGCAAGUUCAUCCCAGAGCAGUGCGUCCCCAAGCAGAGCGUCGCCAAAAUUCAUUACCUACAGAAUUACCUAAAAGAAUCCUUGCAGAAUCAGAAAAAGAUGACCGAACUGGAGAACGAAAACCUAGCCCUUAAGACCAAAAUGAAGCCCCUUGUGUUCACCGCACAAUCCCUGAUCCAGAAGGUGGAAGCCCACGAGAAGCAACUGAAGUCUCUGGCUGAAGAAAAGAGUGCUCUUCAGUCCAAGUUAAGCAAAGCAGAGGAAGAGAACAAAGACUGCCUCAGGGAACUUAAGAAAAUCGUCAGCACUUACAACGUCCUCGGAGGCCAACACAAAAUGCUAGAGGAGAAAAAUAGUCAGCUCUCUCUGGAAAAGCAACAGAUGCUGGAAACGAUAGAUCACCUGAAGAGCAAGGAACACAAGUCCCAAAGUGACAUGGCCGUCCUCCAAAACGAAAACAGUAGAAUGAACAUAGAAAUAGAAGCCAUGAAAACAAGCAUGCUGUUGGUACAAGACGAAAGGGAAAUGCUAGAGAAAGAGACGUACCAGCUCCUGAAAGACAAGAGCACGCUCGAGAGUGACCUGAAAGAGAGCAAGCUGGAGAUCCUGCAGCUGAAAGAAAAGGAGAGACUGAUUAAAGCGGAGCAGGAGUCGCUUCUUCACAGUCUAGACACAGCUAAAGCGGAGAAGCUGAGUCUGGAGGCGACACUGCAGGAGUCCACUUCCACCAGACAGAAGUUGGAAAGGAAGCUCGUGGAUAUUCAAGCCUACCAGUCAGCCGCGGAGGAGAAGUUCCUGAAAGAAAUCAAGAGUGCAAAGUCGGAGACAAGCAUCUACAAAAACAACUUGGCCGAAAUCAGCAAGGAGUGUGAGAUCUUGUCCAAAAUGGUCAUGGAGAUUAAGGCGGAUAACCAGAUUCUGAAAGAAGAACUCAAGAAACACAGUCAAGAAAACACCAAGUUCGAAAAUAGCAUCAGUCGGCUCACCGAAGACAAGAUACUUCUGGAAAACUACGUGAGAAGCAUAGAAAAUGAGAAAGACACCCUGGAAUUUGAGAUGCGGAAUCUUCAGCGAGACUACUUGAGUUUAAGUGAUAAAGUCUCCAGUCAGAACAACAGCGCAUCAAAAUCAACCUAUAUUUCAAGACGAGAAAAACUCUACUUCGAUAACUACGAUGCCUAUGAAGAUGCUUCCAGUCUUAGGAAUCGGCCUGUGGCUUCUGACUUGAAAGGAAUACCACAUAAACUGUAUCAACGGCUUCCAUCCAAGAUAUGUAAAUAAAUUUCAAAAGAAAUCAGUGUUUUAAAAACAUUUUUUCCAAGUAAUUUUCCUCCAUAAAAUAAUAUUGAAGUAACUUUUACCUCUGGUUCCAAAGGUCUCAUGAAUGAUUAAACUGGUUUUAAAGUAGAUAUUAGAAUUACAUUAGAGAGUCAAGAACUAUGGAAAAGGUGUUAUCAAACUCUAAGCUCACAUGUUGGUCUUUCAUGGUUUCACAAAAGCUAAAGGGAGAAUGAAGCUCCGGGUCAGAGAGUAAGGGGAGCUCGCUGCUACUCAAAGCACAUAUGCAUUUGUCCUUCACACAUAUUCCCACAACAUAGAGAGCCACAUAGAAGGUUACAUUGUAGAGGAUAAACCUGUCCUGUCUCCAAAGAGCUGGUGUUGUGAAAUCAGACUUACCCUUUGUUGUACUGGAUCAAACUAUCCAAUCUAUUUUGGCUCUGUAAUUCCUUGUUGAGUUCUGUCAGAUGCUUUUAUCCAUUACUUGAAACAAUUUUUUUCUCCUUAGUACAUUGUUAUAUUAAUUUUGACACACCUCCCAUUCCUGGAAUAAAGCCUACCAGGCAGGUUACUAUUCUUUUCAUGUCAAUUCCUGGGCUUAACUUUACAUCCGCCAUUUAGAAUUUCUUCUACAAAAGGACAUUGGUUUAUAUAUUUCCAGGCAAGGACUUUGUAUGGUUUUAGUAAUAGCAAACUCGUGGCCUGUAAAAUGCCAGGUGUAUCCUUCCAUGCUUACUGCAAUAGCUCAGUGACAGACUAUGCCUGGAAUGUGGUGGCCGCUUGGCAUUUGUAGGGAAUGGUGAGUGUAUACCAGAGAGUCUCACGAUGGACAGUCACUUGGUAAGCUAGAGAUAUAGAACGCACUGAACAUCGAAAACUUUAGACAAGGUGGACUUGUGUGUCUCUUGCUAAUCAGGAAGGAUUGCAAAUUUCCUUUGAAGAUCUUUAAAUGAAAUAAUUAUUGUUUUCUACCCAGCUCCUAUAGAUUUCUAAUCAAUGUCCUUGAUAAGCAUGCUACAGGGAAGCAGGCCUUCUCAGUUUUUUUUUUCUUUCUUCUGUCAACUAGUUUGCAUCUUAUAUUUGAUUCCCUACAAGUAAAUAAAUUGCACUACCCUGAUCUCUGAUUUUGACAGGGGAUACUGUAACUUGAAAACAUUUAGUAAUCCUCUUAACUGUUGAAAACUGAAGAAUUUUUCCAGGGAACACAAUAUAAAUUGCUUGAUAGCUCUAAGCAGCCGGAAUGCCUGGCUUCCCACUUCUGGUUGUACUGCCUUGAACAUGAGAUUCAACCUCUCUCUGCCUCCAUCUCGUCACUGGUUACGUGAACACCAAAUGGUUAACCACCACAAACACAUUUAAUAGAAUGGUACAUAGAAUGGCUCCCAACGCAUAAUAAGCAUUAACUAUUAGUUCAUUUUUUUGAUGUUUUAAACAAAAUACCAUCAUUGGAAAUACAGUGAUAAAUAAUAAAAAGUCAGAUUAAUAAA